UCAAAUUUCACGUUGGUGUCAAAAAGAAGAAGAACUUGCAUCAGCACAGGAAAAAAACAAAUGUAUUGGAACAGGAAAAAAACCUUUAUAUCCUGAAGCUGAAGAAAAAUUAAAGAAAUGGAUUAUUGAACUUUGA